GUCCAGUCAGCUUGCAAAACCAAUUGCGCGCCCGUUUGACACGGACAGCAGCGCCUGCAUCGUCGGCCGUCUGAGACGCUCGAUCGACGUGUUGUAAAGACUCUGACUUGUCUUGGUCGCUCGGGCAGCGCCAAUCUUACCUCGCAAAAAGCAACCUGACGACGAACGACACGACAAGACCCGGCUCACUGGGAUCGGGCGAACAGCGGCUUCUGCAUUGGCCUCGUCGCUGUCUGUAUUCUUCGGCGUGAAUCGUACCCGCACUGUCUGUCUGUCAGCUGCCGGACGGUGCCUAUUUGGUCAUCCACGUCUUGCUUGGCACUGAGUGCAGUGUAAAAGCCUUCAAGGUCAGCGCUCAGACAAGAUGAGCGUGGACUCACCUGCCAAAUCAUCUGCCUCCUCGCCGACGAAGAUGUCCGUCUCUGCCUCCAUGGGACCUCUGCCUAGCGCGAGCGUGUCGAGUGCUAGAUCGCCUACCAUGUCGAGCAGCGCUGCCUCGCUCCAGGGCGGUCCUACACAUGGCUUGUCUCAGCCUAUCAAUGAGCGUCAAGGCUCGAGAGAUAGCCUUUCAGCAUCUCAAUACAUGUCCGCUUCUUCUACGCGGCCUUUGUCGCCCAGAUCGCUCUACGCUUCGUCAUCGGGUACAUGGUCUGCGCCCCAAGCCAGCUCCGGCAGCCCUGUCCGGAGCGAAUCGCUCUCGAUGUCUUAUUCGGGCUCUCACACUCAUGCUCAUUCGCAUUCCGGUGCCUCGCCUCUGAUUGCCCUCGACAAUGGCGAGACGGCUUCCAACGGUGCCAAAAGCGCGCGUCCAGACCCGCCCACGACAAGUACGACGACCAGCAACAACAGACGCGGCGGAGUACAGAGUUACAUUGCCCCUGGUAGCGCCAGACUCAAUCGACCGACGAGCGAAUUCAUGCCGAUGAAUUCGAUCGGUCUUAGUCAGGGGCCGACUGCAGAGAAUGAAGCGAUUGAGAAGUUCUUCCAAGAUCUGCAACAUCAUGAGCGUGUCCUCGAAGAGAUGGCUGCUGCUUCCCUCGACCAGAACUUCAAAGAAGAGCUUGGCGCAAUCGAGCAAUGGUUUCGUGUGCUGUCUGAAGCCGAGAAGACUGCUGCGCUGUACAGUCUCUUGCAAAGCUCGACACAGGUGCAGAUACGUUUCUUCAUCACUGUCUUGCAACAAAUGGCACGCUCAGAUCCGAUGGCCGCUCUGCUCAGUCCAGCCAAUCCUAUGCAAGCAUCCAUGGAUACGCAGCUGGAAGCCAAGUUGGCCGCGAUGGGCAUGAAAGCUCCCGGGUCGCCUGGCUCACGUGCGCAGUCCAACUUGCGUCAAGGCUCCUUCUCGACUGCUGCAGAUUCACAUGGCUUUCUAUCUCCUCAUGCGGCCAUGUUCAGCGGUCAGAACUCGACAAGCGGACAUGAUCGUAACGCAUCGGGCGAGGCUGCCAACACGCUUGCCCAGCAACGCGCUCGCCUGAAAGCCAAUGCUAGCCAUCGGAUCAGCGCGCCCACUGCGCUGCUAUCUGCCUCUCAAGCACCUCAGGAGCCACCCAAGUCGCCCGUCUGGGUCCAGCAGUCGCUCUCCAAUGGACCUCGCCGCAGUCCCUCGCCGAAUUAUCUACAGGCAAGCGAGGCGCCACGGUCACCCCGUUCGACGCACGAUAGCUUCGCAGAUCAGCUAAGCCCCCUGGUUGGCGGUAAUUGGGCUUCGAUGGUCAAUACGCCCCUUGCGCCUAUGUUCAAUGGAAGCAGAAGCACCGGCAACAUUGAUGCCAGUAUUCGCGAUGCAUCCAACAAGCUCAACGCGUGGUCUGGCCAUCAGAGUGUCUCUGGCUCUACUUCAGCCAAUGGCAUCGUGCUCGAUGAUGCCCGCAAGUUCAGACGCAAUGCUCGAGGAGGCAGUCAACAGGAUGAUCAGCGGGAGGAGCGCGCCUCGCUGAGUCGGUCUGCUGCUCCAAUCUUGUCGGGAGGCUCCGCUGCCGCUAGUCCGACCACUUACGGCGGACUCGAUCGGCAGCAAGUGGCAGCGCUGACCGCUCAACAGAAUUGGCGCAACGGUAUGGGCAAAGGGCCCAAUGCCUCUAUGCUCGAUGCGUCAAUGUCGCUCGGACAAUCUGUCACGCCUCAGAUGGCACAUUUGCUCAAUCAACAGCAACUCUUGCAGCAGCAGAUCCAGCUACAGCAGAGUAUGGGCUUGACGAACAUGAUGAGCAUGAUGGGCAACGGUCUGCUCUCGCCUGCUGCGAUCGGAGGGAAUCCGCUCUACAAUUCGAUGGGUGCUACGCCCUCUCCUUCCAGCAAUGCGUCAUUCCUGCAGCAAAGUCAGCGAAGAAGCCCAAGGCCGGACAAGUCGCCCAAGCUGGGGACUUUGCCUCCGGCUGGCUCAGGCGCAAACCCGGAUGAAGAUAUCGACAUGCUUCUGCUCAGCGAUGUCUCGGCUUGGUUGCGCUCGCUUCGCCUGCACAAAUAUACAGAAACAUUCCAAUUCAGCAACUGGCGGGAUAUGGUCAUGAUGGACGACAAAGCGCUUCAAGAUAUCGGUGUAUCUGCGCUUGGCGCACGUCGCAAACUGCUCAAGAUCUUCCAGACCGUUAGGGCCAAGACGGGCAUGUCCUUGCCUUCUGACGGACAAUUGCUAGCAGUCUCUGAAGCCAGCACCUCGAGGAGCGCAUCACCCAAUCCAGUGCAAUGAGCAUUGACAUACGCAAACUGUUAUACCCUGCAAUGGACGUGUGACGCAUGUGACGAUGAUGAUUGACAA